AUGGUUACAAUUGAAGAGUUACUGACUGUGGCUGACCAAUAUGAUGGACGCAAUGAGAGGACAAAAUUUGAACAUUCAGUAAGUGUUCCUGUCACUGAUGCGAGGAGUAAAGUGAGGACAACAGGCGUGUCUUAUGAGCAAAACAUGCAGGAUUUUGACAAGAGAUUGUCUAAGGUUGAGGUUUCAUUGUCUGAAUUUCGAUCCGACCAUGAAGCAUUGUCUGCCAAGUUCACAGAUGAAGUAACUGAAAUAUAA